UUGUUUUUAUACAAGUCCACUGACCAGAUUAUUUUGCUUCGUUAGCAUCACGAUUUGCAUGCCCGUGCCGGACGGGGAACAAGUAGUGAUCGGCGGCAGCUACCUUGUGAGAGGAAGAAGAGGUCGAUGGCGUGGGGCAACAGUACUGGAUAAACGACAACAAAAGACUGGAACUGUUGAAUGCUAUGUUCAUUUCGAUGGCGAUGACAGAAGGUUGGAUCAGUGGGUGGAUCUGGCUAAAGUAAAGCCACGAUCACAACGCUACAGAAGUGCUUUAACGAGAUGCGAAAGUAGAGAAAAGAGGAUCCGCAAAAUCAAAGAUGCCUCCCCUGUCAGUUAUAUCAUCGACUACUCCAAUGUACUUGAAGAAGAACAUAAGGAGGUAACGAAGGUGAAAUACAUCGAAGUCAUCCGUUUUGGAGAGUUUGAAAUUGACACCUGGUAUGUAUCACCUUAUCCUGAUGAAUAUGGUCGAGAGAAAUACUUGUACAUAUGCGAAUUUUGUUUCUUAUACUUUAGACAUGAAAGGGCGUUCAGAAUGCACUUGAGUUCCUGCAAUGCGCGACAUCCUCCUGGACGAGAGAUCUAUCGCGACAUCAUGGAAGGGAUUGCGGUUUUCGAAAUAGACGGGGAAAUUGAAAAAAUGUACUGCCAGUGUUUGUGCUUAUUCUCGAAAUUGUUCAUGGAUCAUAAAACUAUCUAUUUUGGAGUAUCUGGUUUUCUCUUCUAUGUGCUUUGCGAGUUGAAUCAAGCUGGUGAUGUUCGUCCUGUUGGUUAUUUUUCCAAAGAGCGAGGAUGUGCUGAUGAUCUUAAUCUCAGCUGUAUCUUGAUUUUUCCCCCAUUUCAGAGGCGUGGUUAUGGGAGUUUUCUAAUUCAGCUCAGUUACGAACUAUCACGACGGGAAAAUAUCCAAGGUUCACCGGAAAAGCCAUUGUCUGAUCUUGGCUUGGCCAGUUACAGGCACUACUGGGCCUACAGGAUUGUUGAUCAUUUGUCCGGCCUGAUGGACACCUCAUGGAUCCGUGUAUCGGAGUUGGCUGGAAUUUUGGGCAUGCAGGUCGAAGAUGUCGUAGACACGCUGGAAUGGUUGCACCUCUAUGAUCCAACCUUGAUAUCAGAAACGCCCGAAGAUAUUGAACCUUGGGUGUUUGUUUACAUUAAAAAGUUAGAAUUAUUGCGUAAAACAGUAGCGAGACCUCCACGUUUGACACUGAAUGCACGAAUGCUCCAUUGGCGACCUAACAAGAUGUAGGAUCUUCCAACAAGCUCCACUAGACAGUUACCGGUUUAAUAUUGGAUCGAAGUGUUUCGCUAUGGGUUAAACUCUUUCGUUCAGAGUGGUCAUAUUCAUCUUUCUUCAUAUUUGAAAUUUAUGCUAAUUUUGGUUUGUUUUAAUUUUCUCCUUGUGUAGCAAAAUUAUCAUCGCUUUAGGUGGAACUGAGGUAUCGAAUGUUGAUAAACUGAAUUAGAUUGUAGAAUUAAGCUCAUUAGAUUUUUGUGCUUUCUGCUUUGCAAAGAUUGUAUAAAUUUGCUGAGUUUACUGUAUUGCGAUCUCAUAUAUGAAUAA